UUUUAUAUAAAACUCACCUUCCAUCAACCCAACCCACAAACCAUACAUUCCAUUUCUAUCAAACCCCACUCACCGGAAAACUAACAAACUCGCCGGAAACCACCCACUUCUUAUCAACAGUCAAGAAACACAUGGAUCUAAUUAAUUUCGAAGCAACCGAACUACGAUUAGGGCUGCCGGGCUCAACCGAUGACCAGCCGGAGAUAAAGUCAACAAUAUCACAUAAAACAAACAAAAGAAGCUCAUCGGAGAUGGUUUCGAGUGUCUCCGAUGAACACGAUUCAUCAAGAUCCCCACCACCCACCAAGGCGCAAGUUGUAGGGUGGCCACCGGUGAGAUCAUAUCGAAAAAACAUAUUUCAAGGGAAGAAAAAUGAUCAAGCCGAGACGGGUUCGGGGAUAUAUAUAAAAGUAAGCAUGGAUGGAGCUCCAUACUUGAGGAAGGUUGACCUAAAAGUGUACAAAAGCUAUGGAGAACUCAUGAAGGGUUUGCAAGAUAUGUUUAAGUGCAUUAUAGGGUUGUACUCUGAGAUGGAAGGGUACAAGUCUGAAUAUGCACCUACUUAUGAAGAUAAAGAUGGAGAUUGGAUGCUUGUUGGGGAUGUACCAUGGGAUAUGUUUCUUACUUCUUGUAGAAGACUUAGAAUCAUGAAGAGUUGUGAAGUUAUAGAGAGUUGAUUUGAGUGUUUUGUAUAGAGGGUUUUAUUUUUUUAUUUUCAAGAGAUGAAACCACAAAAAGAGAAAAUAAAAACUAGAUAUGUAUAUGUACAUGUAUAUAUGAUCAUGUAACUUUUUUUUUAAGAUUAUAUACAUCCUUAAAGUUUUUUGGAA